GACGUCAUCAAAUAUGGUGGAAAUAGUCUGCUGUAAUAUUAGCUUCGGACAAAAAUUCGCCGUUUAUCGUUAAAUUUGGCGCAAAAUCGGACUGCAAAGAGCAAGGAUACUCCCAAACAAUUUUAGCAGUUUAAACUACAACAUGGAGGCCCAAAAGGAAGCCUUAAGUAGAAUUGUCACCACCCUGGCUGCCAAGAGUGAAGAAAUCCAGAGCUUUGUGGAGAUUCUGGAAGAAAUAGCUGAGAAAGUAGAAGAGAAUGGUGCCCAGGCCAAGUCAGACCUACAGGAGGAGUUUGACCAGCUGUAUGCUGUGAUGAACGAGAUGAGAGAUGCCAUGACCGCCAGGAUAGAGGAAGAACAGCAGAGCAAAAUGAUGGCAGUAGAAACUGAUAUGCAGGCCUGUCAGAUGGCACUAGACAACUCCACCCAGCUGAUGGACAUGGCAGCAGAUGCACUACAGGAGACAGAACCAGAUGCCUUCACUCAGGCCGCAAAACGCAUCAAGGAUAGAGUGACCAUGUCCCCAGCCUUCCGCCUGACCUUGAAACCCAAGGUCACAGACAACAUGUCUCACCUGGUCGCUGACUUCACAGAAGAGAAGGAGGCUCUGAGAAAACUGGAUUUCCUGCCUGCCCCCACGACUCCAGAGAUUGACGUAGAGUCCUGUCGUGUAGAAGACAACACGGUAACAGUGGUGUGGAGAGUUCCUGAGGGAAGCAGGGUCGACCAUUACUUACUGGAGUACAGGCAGACUGACACAGCAGCCACGGGUGGGAGGGCAAAGGUUGAAAAUGGGUGGCAACUUAUAGAAGACAUGGAGGAACCUUUCUACACAAUCCUGGGCCUGGCGUUUAACCAGAAGUACAUCCAGCUGAGAGCACGAGCCUGUAACAAGGCAGUGGCGGGAGACUACAGCGAAGUGGUCACGCUAGAAACUAAAGCCUUGAACUUCAAACUGGACCAGACAUCCUGCCAUGCUAACCUCAAGGUCACAGAAGAUGGCUCGGCGGUGGAGUGGGAUGCCAUGGGGGGCAAAGGUCAACUUCAGGAGACAAAGGGCAGAGGCAGCAGACCAGGUUCCCCAGCGAAGACCGUACGGCCGGCCUCUCCCGCAAAGUCACCUGCGAAGCGGCCUGCCUCGGCCAGCAAGAGGGGAGACCGCUUCACGGGCGAGUCUUACACAGUACUGGCUGAUGUGACGUUAGACGAAGGACAGCACUACUGGGAGGUUACAGCACAGCCUGAGUGUAAGUCCUACACCCUGGGAGUGGCCUACAGAAACCUGGGCAAGUUUGACCAGUUAGGGAAAACUAACACAUCCUGGUGCCUCCAUGUCAACAACUGGCUACAGAACACCAUGUCAGCAAAGCACAACAACAAGUCCAAACAACUUGACGUCUCGAUCCCCGAGAGAAUAGGCGUCUAUCUUGACUACGACAACCUUGUCCUGUCCUUCCAUGAUGCGGAGACCAAACAGCUCCUGCACCAGUUCAAGGCCAAGUUCCAGCAACCUGUUCUACCUGCCUUCAUGACAUGGUGUGGGGGGCUCACUGUGCAGACAGGGCUACAGGUCCCCAGCAACUUAGAAAUGAAGACAGUGCAGGAGUCCAAGAAAGUGUCACCAGCUUCUUCAGAACUGUCUGUGCUAGAAUGAUGUUGGUUAAGUGUUUCUUAGCAAAGUCUUGAGACAACAUGCAGAAAAAUCAAGUGCAGCCUUAAGAAAUUGCAUGUGAGAUAUUGCCUAUUAAACCUUUUCAGACACCACAGACUGCAUUCUGGGAGAUGCAGGGCAUUAUGGGUAUAUUUGGGCAAAAAUGAUACCAUAGCAACAUAGACCACAAUAUGCAUUGCAUAUAAAUUAUGUUAACAUGGUAAUGAUUUGUUUGUUUGUUUGUUUUAUUGGGAUCUCCAUUAGUGAUACUAAAUGUAGUAUCAUUUUUCUUCCUGGAGUCCUACAAUUCAUAAACAAUAAAAGCAAAACAUAAACAACAAAUCUUGUACCAUAAGUAAACAGAAAAGCAACAAAAUGAACUAAAUUAAAGGUAACUUAGAGAGAAGGUGGGAGAUCAGAGGUCAAAUUAAAAUGUUAGAAGCUGCAUCAUUUGUUACCCAUAAUGCAGUACUUCUCCCAGCAUGCAGUAGGAUCUUUGAAAGGGUCUAAUGUAAAAAUGUGCUACCACCUCGUGCUAAUCAUGAAAAAGAAAAUUGUGGCAGCUUUUAAUAAAAUGCAAUAGAAUAAAGUGAUAUUGAUGAUUUGAUGUGUAGCUAAUAUCGACUUAGAUGGUGUAGGAAAAAAAUCAGUAUUGCCUUAAAUGUGUUAUGUUACUUUUUUUAAUUGUUUACUGUAUUAUAUAUUAACUUACUGUACCGUCCAGCCACAAAUGUAUUUUUUAGCUUCUUCAUGUCUAGUGUGUAUUAAAUACUUGGUCUGAAUGAUAUGUAAAUUACAUGUGUAAACUAUUAUUUGCACAACGUGUGAUAUUUUAGCUUCAUUGUGGUAAUGUGUAAAGUUAUAGUGAAAGUGGAGUUGCCGUUUGUCUUAUAAUCAUGUAAAUUUCAUGCCUUCCAUUUUGUUCAUAAACUGUCGUCCUUGUUUGACAUCUUGUUGUUUUUUAUUUAUCAAUUGUAAAAACCAGCUUCUAACUAUUAAUAGUUAUACAAACAUUAUGAACUAAUGAAAAUAGUUUUACACAAUGCAAAAGUUACUCAAGCAAUUGAAUUGAAGAUGGUAUAAUGGUGUAUCUUGAGUAAUUUUUGUAUCUUAUUACCAGGGUGUCUAACACUCAUUGACAUAAUAUACAAGUUUAACAUUAUCUUUGUGACUUUACCCUGAUUUCCAUCCUAAGCAUUUCUGCAUACAAGAAAUUAACGUUCAACUUGGUAAUUAGCAAAAGUGCUGUUCAGGCUAGAACUAGAGAGCUACAAGGCUGGAAACCAAAAUACUGCCCUGCUCAGGACCUCCAUCUCAGGACGAUUCCACUGCCUUACACCUUAGAACCAUCCUCCAAUGCACAGUCCCCAACCGGCUAAUCCCCUAUGUGGGGACCCAGUGCUAUCUGAAGGGCCACCCUUGGUUACUGCCGUCCUGCUUAUAAAUAUUAAUGAGCUUAUAUGGGAACCAGGCCAUCAGCGCCCAAUCAGGCCUUUGCGAGAUCCCUUGUGAAAACUGAAAGGCUAUUCUCUGAUUGGCUGACAGCUGGGUUGUGGCAAUGCUCACAGUAACUGGGGGUGGCCCUUCAGAUAGCAGGGUCCCAACAUAUAGGCGAUUAGCCAGUUGGGGACCGUGCGUAGGAGGAGCUUAGAACAGCAACUACUGUCAAUUAUGAUGACAUCAUUAUAUCAACUGUCAAUCAUGAUGACAUCACUAUACGAUCUUCCAAUCAUGAUGACAUCACUUGAAUGGUGAAUGAAAAAAAUGAGCCUGAAAUUAGUGUAUUUAUUCUGCCUCUAGUACAUUGCAGCAGAUCUAUGAUAUUCUUUUAAGAAGUCUCAACGGCAAAACCUGUUUUGAAAAGCUGUGGCAAUUGCAGCAUACAUUGUGUAGAUGUGCUUUUAUAGCUAGUACAAUUCUUGUACAGCUGUACUUAAUAAGUAUGUCAGUUGCAUAAUAAUUUCCUUGUGAAGAAUUUCAAUAGUCUUAGUCUGUGUAGUACAAAUACCUUCUAAAAGCUCAACUAAUUUAAUAAAGUGGCAGCAAGUUUAACAUUUGUUUCAAUGUGUAUGCGUGUAAGUAUCGUUUAGCAUCGUAUUAGAAUUUGAUCAUUUUGUAAAAUAUCAGUCGCAUAGAUAUAUAUUCCAGUGUUGCAGAUUCUGAUGUCUUGCAAUGUUAUGAGAGUAAAGAAUGCUUUAAAGUCA